GUUUCUCAGCGGGUUGGAUUUUUCAUGUGACAAGAAGUGAUAAGUCCUUAUCAGUCUUGAGAUAAGAGAAUGAUACGCCAGAAGGAGGAGGAAAGGUGAGGAAAUUGAAAUUUAGUCAGGCUUUCUUGUGUAUUCGGAGAUAACGUAUUUCACGACAGGACGAAGAAGUUAAGUGAACCUGCAGUACUUAAAUAAACAAUAUUUGAUCCACGAGGCACGACUCAAUUUGAUGUCACAUUUAUUAUAAAGAGGUACAGAAGAAGAAAGAGGAAGAAGAAAUCGAAGAAAUCCGUAAACUUGUCAUUGAAUGAAACGUGUUUGCCAAAUUUCAACUAGUCACCACAAAGCCAAUUAAAUUAAUUUGUCUCAAAUGUCAGUUAAUUAUCUCGGAAACUACUUAACCACAAAAGUAAUAAGUACAUAAAUUGAAACCUUCAGAAAUUAAUGUCCCUUCGCUGCCUCGUCUUCCUUUCGUCAAAAACAACAUUCCAAAAAUUAUUGUGCUCACACGGCAGCCAAAAAUGUCAAGGUCGCCUUAUUCUUGAGAAGGCCAAGUCAGGUCACUGUGCUAAAAGGAACUUCAGCAGUUCGUUGGACGAUAAUCCGCCAAAAUCGUCGAAAUCAUCAGAAAAUCAGCCAAAAUCAUUGCCAUCAUCGGAUAAUUCAUCGCCCAAUCCGUCGUCACCAGUUCGAAUAACGGAAACCUACAUCCGACCAGUUGACCCGUUCUACGCACCUGACGAACCCCCUUCUUCUCCUCCUCAGCCACAAGGAUCUCCCAUCAACCUUGGUUCCGGUGACCCCGCUCGACCUUUCCAUUCCCCACAAGAUGUCACCUUCUCCUCAACGUUAGAACAGAUCGACUCUGACGACGGGAAUCUUGACCUCACCGCUCCCACGAAUUGUUGCCGCUCAGGGUGCGUAAACUGCGUGUGGGUCGAGUACGUGGAGCGGUUGACGCAACGCUACCUCAAUCCGGAAUUGGGAAGGGAACGAAUUUUAGCGGAAUUGGACACCCUCGAAGAUCAAAGUAUCAAGGCCUUCAUCAAAUUAGAGCUACGGUCAAGGGGACUUCUGUAAAAAAAAAAUGAAUUCUCUCCUCGUCUCGCGUUUCCACUGAAUGAAUGAAGACUGACAGUACAAAAAGAAGUAGAAAAUCUGAUCGCCUCCCGGAAUGCGAGUUUCUUUCCCCUCGCGAGGAUUUGGGUCCGGCCCGCGACCGACUGGAAACGGACAUGCGGUUCGACUUCCCCCCGCGUCCCCACCACCACCACCUCCUCAAGCAGACUCACCUCUCUCAAAUCAUGGCGGCGAUGAAGACGAAGAUUUGCAUGAGUCCUCUGCAUGCAGAAAUAGUGACGACGGCCCACACAUUUUAGACGGGGGGAGAAGAAUGGGGCGUUGUUGGUCAGUAUGUAAAACUGGACUGAGGAAACGUCUCCCAAUUGUGACCUGGCUCCCGAAAUAUGGACGACGUGCGUUUGGACAGGAUAUCAUCGCCGGAGUGACCGUUGGACUCACCGUUGUUCCACAAUCCAUGGCGUACGCUGCCAUCGCCGGACUUACGCCGGAGUUUGGACUUUACUCUUCGUACGUGGGGUGUUUCUUGUACGUGAUAUUUGGCUCGUGUCGUCAAGUUACGAUCGGUCCGACGGCGGUAAUGGGACUCUUGACGUUCGAAACUUGUGGGGCAAACUUUCCCCUGUGCGCGAUCCUCACCGCGUUCUACUCUGGCUUCUGGGAACUCGUAAUGGCCCUGCUUCACCUCGGCUGGGUAGUAAAUUUUAUUUCUGAGCCGGUUGUGCUUGGUUUCACUGCGGGAGCGGCGACGACCAUCGUGUCCUCCCAAUUGAAGAACCUGCUCGGCCUGAAGGGUCCCAAAGGGUCGGGAUUCAUCGGCUACUGGGACGCCAUCCUGACUAAUUUUACCUCCGUUGGCUGGCCCGACGCGGUCAUGGGGGUCUGUUCCUUCAUAAUGUUGAUGAUCAUGCGGGGACUCAAAGACUUGCAAAUUUCUCGCCACAGCAGGACACGGACCGUUCUGAAGAAGAUAUUUUACUUGAUUUCCGUCUCUCGCAAUGUCCUCGUCGUUCUCGCGACAACAUUGACGGCCUACCUCUACUCCGGCGUGGUCCCCUUCGCCCUGACCGGCCCCGUUUUGGGUGGCUUUCCCCCCAUCGCGAUUCCAAGUUUUGCCCUCCCCGUAAACUCCACGUCUUCAACGGAACGUCAUACCGUUAUCCAGUCGUUUUCCCUCCUCGGGGCGGGACCUGUUAUUGUCGCGUUGAUCUCGGUUUUACAGAAUGUCGCGAUUUCGAAGGCUUUCUCGUGUGGACAGAGAAUCGAUGCCACGCAGGAAAUGUUGGCGUUGGGCGCUAGUAAUGUUGUGGGGUCGUUUUUUGGAGCGAUUCCCAUUUCUGGAUCCUUCUCGAGGUCCGCAGUGAAUGAGGCGAGUGGGGUGCAGAGUCCGAUGGGAGGGUUGUGGACGGGAAUCCUGGUCCUCCUUUCUCUCUCCUUCUUGACGCCGACGUUUUACUACAUUCCGAAAGCUAGUCUCGCUGCUGUGAUAAUCUCCGCUGUAAUUCCAAUGAUUGAAGUCAAGGCGUUACGUGUCAUGUGGAUAAUAAAUCGGAUGGACUUCCUCUCUUGUCUGGCGACCUUUGUAGCCUCCCUUUUGCUCGGGAUGGAGUACGGGAUAAUGUUAGGCGUGGCGCUGUCUUUGGGCGUCUUGCUCCUCAAGUCACUCAAGCCCGGGCUGGACCCAGAGCUCAGGCACGACCCGGUUUCUGAUAUUCAUUUCCUUUACGCUAAACCCGACCGGAGUGGACUCAAUUUUCCCAGUGUGGAUUAUAUUCGCAGCAGCGUGGCUAAAUUGGCCACCCAAUUUCCCUCCGUCCCCAUAAUCGUGCUAAGUUUCCAAAAGUGGGACACAUUCGACUACACCGUCGUUCUUGCAUUAACCUCUCUCGUGACCCUGCUAAAAUCCGAAUACGGAAAAGAACUCGUCUACGUGGACUGUUCUCCCGGAUGGAUUCACGCCUUUGCCGCCGCAUCCACGCCAAAAUCCGAAAAUUCCGAUUCUGGUCCCGCAACCCCUGUCUCGUUCUCCGAUCUGGGCGAUUUUCUCCAAACCAAAAACCACGUCGCUGCUCCGUUAGAGCUCAGUUUUCAAGAGGGCGAGAAAAGUCCACUCAGAAAGGCGGGGGACAUUCCAGCGGGUGGAGAUUACGGGGCGGCGGCGGCGAUACCUUCCUCGUCAAACACACCGACACCGUCCGGAUCUCGAGGAUCUCGUGGCAGUGUGGAGAUCAACAUGGGCAAUAAAUUCCGUCGUGGAGACGAUGAUUCUGAUGAUGCAGAGGAAAGUUUAAAUCCACUCUUAUCCUCCUGACCCGUGAUAACUGGAUAGAAAAAUAUUUGCCAAGAGUGGAAAACAAGUCACUUUAUGAAAAGAAAUUCGUGCCAACGACGUGUUGGCGUGAGAUUUAAGGAGAAAUUGAAAGGCUGUGUAUCUCGUUAACUUUCAUGGUGCUCGUAAUGCUGCGCAAUUAUUAUGAUUAUUGUUAUGUAUGUUAUUGUUACCCUAUUUUUUUGUUGUGAUACGCAAAAUAAUUAUGUACUUAUCGGGAUGGUGCAAAAGAGGGUGAAUUUCCCUUAUCCACGUAUAUGUACACUAAUAAAAAAUAACGACUUAGUCCUCUAGUGAAUUAUAUAAAAGACGAAAAUUUAAAAAAUUGUUGUUAUAUUGUUAAACGAAUUUAUUAAAGAAAUAUUUAUUUAUCCAUA